UCCGGGGUGGGUGCUGGGGCGGCGCGGAGGCCUCGGAGGCCCUCGGGCUGGGUGGCGGGCGUGGCGCUGGUACCUGCUCCGCCGGUGACGUGCCCUCCUCCGGGACACCGAGGCCCGGACAACUGGGCCGGGAGGCGCCGCCCACUCUUCCGGCCCUCUCUCGGAGCGCGGCCGGGGUUGAGCCGCGAGCGGCCGCGCCCAGACGCUUGGGCCUCCGCGACUAUUUGUUCCCCCACCAGAGGUGAGGAAGAUUUGAGUUUGCAGUCUUCACCUGGGAACAGCUUUGUGUUUUAGCUUUCCCCAGGCGGCUUAGACAGAGUAGUGCACGGCAUAUCUUUUAAUUAAAGCAUGGAAUACGGAAAACAAAAAACUUCAGCUAGUGUUUUAGUCUCAUCUGAAAUUCUACAGGAUCUUCGUUCCCCAACCAGGGAUCAAACCCUGCAGUGGAAGUGUGGAGUCCUAACCACUGGACCGCCAGGGAGUUUCCAGUUACCACAGAGCACUGAGUAGAGUUCCCUGUGCUGUACAGCAUGUAUCUUAUAAGUAGUAUAUGGCAGAGUUUUAAGCCAAUCUGAGAGUCUGUUUUUCAGUAGAAAUUUCAAGCACUAUUUUUGACUGCUACUUGCUACUGAAUGUUCAGUUGAUGAAAUUGAAGGUCUUUCACUCAGAAGAAAUAAAUCAAGAAGAACCCAAGGCUCGCGUGCUCCUGAGUUGCUGUGAAUGGCCCCAGCGCUCCUGACCACUCUUCCGGGUAGGAUGUCGCUGAGAUCCCUGAAAUGGAGCCUCCUUCUGCUGUCACUCCUGAGCUUCCUGGUGAUGUGGUACCUCAGUCUUCCCCACUACAAUGUGAUAGAACGCGUGAACUGGAUGUACUUCUAUGAGUAUGAGCCCAUUUACAGACAAGACUUCCGCUUCACACUUCGAGAGCAUUCGAACUGCUCUCAUCAAAACCCAUUUCUGGUCAUCCUGGUGACCUCAAACCCCUCAGAUGUGAAAGCCAGACAGGCCAUUAGAGUUACUUGGGGUGAAAAGAAGUCUUGGUGGGGAUAUGAGGUUCUUACAUUUUUCUUAUUAGGCCAGCAGGCUGAAAGGGAAGACAAAAUGUUAGCAUUAUCCUUAGAGGAUGAACACCUCCUUUAUGGCGACAUAAUAAGACAAGAUUUUUUAGACACGUACAAUAACCUGACCUUGAAAACGAUUAUGGCAUUUAGGUGGGUAACUGAGUUUUGCCCCAACGCCAGGUACAUCAUGAAGACAGACACUGAUGUUUUCAUCAAUACUGGCAAUUUGGUGAAGUAUCUUUUAAAUUUAAACCACUCAGAGAAGUUUUUCACAGGUUAUCCUCUAAUUGAUAAUUAUUCUUAUAGAGGAUUUUACCAAAAAACCCAUAUUUCAUACCAGGAGUAUCCCUUCAAGGUGUUUCCUCCCUACUGCAGUGGAUUGGGUUAUAUAAUGUCCAGAGAUUUGGUGCCAAGAAUCUAUGAAAUGAUGAGUCACGUAAAACCCAUCAAGUUUGAAGAUGUUUAUGUUGGGAUCUGUUUGAAUUUAUUAAAAGUGGACAUUCACAUUCCAGAGGACACCAACCUUUUCUUUUUAUAUAGGAUCCAUUUGGAUGUCUGUCAACUCAGACGCGUGAUUGCAGCCCAUGGCUUUUCUUCCAAGGAAAUUAUCACAUUUUGGCAGGUUAUGCUAAGGAACACCACAUGCCAUUAUUAAUUUGACAUUCUACCCAAAGCCUAGAGAAGGGAGGGAUACUUUGUGGAAAACGUUAAAGUUAGACUAUGAAAUCUCCAAUGGAAAACUCAUGGGAAGGUCACUGUGUGGCUUACAUGGAACUGAAACUCAUGAAGAGGCUAUAGGCUGGAGACUGGAGGGUUGUACUUGACCUGUGGUUUAUUUUGACAACAAUCAAGUCAGGCCUUUUAAAGAUGAGAUUCAGAGGAAUUAAACAUCUUAUAAAGGAAUGGGAGGUUUUUGUUAAUAAAACACAUAGGACCAAACAAUUUGAACGUGUCGUUCUAUAGAUUAAAACUUCUUAAAUGGGUUUCAUUGAAUUAUAAGCUCAUCUGUCCAUAACAGCAAAGCAGUGUGGAGUAUUAUUCAUUGAACAAUCUAGUCAGUUCAGGGUUUUGUGUAUAUCUUACAUGGAUUACAGUUUUUUAAAAUAUAUAGUUGUGUGUAAAACAAGUGAAGUUAUGCUGAACAAAAUUUCAUCUCUUUUUGGUCAUUCGGAAGAUACUUCAGGAUGUUGCAGUAUUUCAGUUAUCAAUUAUUAUUUAAUGGUACUUAAAGUUUUGCACUUUUAUGGGUGUUUGAAUGUUAUGGUUGUUUCAAUACUGUAUAAACAGAAUAGUGAAAAAUCACUCUAUAUUUAAACUUCUUUUCCAGUUACUUCACUGAUGAGUUUAUUAUGAAUAGCUCCAUUAAUGUGUAGAUAUCGGUCAUUAUUGCAUA